CUCACUUCUUAACACACAGGGAGAAUUUCAGGAGACUCCAGUUGGUCAGGACGCAGUUUCUAAAACAGGCCAAAUGCGGUGAUCCACGUAUGAGAUGAAGCCAAAAACUUGAAAGAUUUUAUUUGCUCAUGAGAUCUUUUGGUAUCAGAAAUGAAUUACUUUGCUUAAUCAUUAUCUAUGGAUGCCCAGUGCUGGAAAGAGGUGAACAUUUCAGUUCAUUGUGACGUUCACAUUUUCAACUGGUUGAUAAAAUAUGUUAAAAGGAGCACUAAGGAGAAUAAAGAUUGUGAGAUGCCCACUUUAGAGCCAGGAAAUGUCUUUUCAAUUCUUAUUUCUUCAGAGUUUUUGAAAAUGGAUUUAUUGGUUGAACAGUGUAUUCACAACAAUAUGAAUGCCAUAGUAGCUACCCCAUGCAACAUGAACUGUAUUAAUGCAAAUCUUAUUACACAUAUAGCUGAUCUUCAACACAAUGAAGUUGACGACUUAAAGGACAAGAAAGGUAAGUUUAGGAGUAAACUUUUUUGUAAGAAGAUUGAAAGACUGCUUGAUCCUGAGUAUUUGAAUCCAGAUUCUCGGAAAAAUGCAGCAACAUUAUACAGAUGCAGUUUGUGUAAGAAGCUUUUAACAAAAGAAACAGAAAGAAGAAUUCCUUGCAUUCCUGGAAAAAUCAAUGUGGAUCAACGUGGAAAUAUUAUCUACAUUCACAUAAGUGAUAAGACUUGGGAUGUUCAUGAGUAUUUGAAUAGUCUUUUUGGAGAACUAAAAUCUUGGAAAGAUAUAUAUUGGUACUUGUGGGGAACAGUCAACUGGCUAACUUGUUCAAGAUGUUAUCAAGCUUUUCUCUGUACAGAAUUUUCACAUUGUCAGUAUCUCUCAGAAACAGUGAUUUAUCCUACUGCAGGAAGUUCACUGAGUACUGUUGGCACUGGAAUUUAUCCCUGCUAUAACCAAAAGGUUCUUUGGUUUGACCCCACUCAGCUUACAAUAAGGGACCACAUGGUUGCUCUUCAUGAUCAAGGUGAGGGUAAAGAUUUGCUGUCCUGUCCAACUGCUAGAAUCCUGGAUGAUCUGCACAAACACAAAGAUGUCAUUCUUGUGCCUUUUGCUAAAGACACAGUUAGUGAUUCUGGGGUUGGUCUCCGUGAUGAAAAAGGUCUAGACUGUGAUGUUUUACUGGAACCAAAUACACCAUGGGGCCCCAAAAGUGGGGAGCUCAAAGCUUUCUGGUCACUGAAAAACUGGACUCUGCAACUGAAACAACAGUCAUUAUUUUCAGAAGAAGAAUAUACCACUGGAUCUGAGGUCACUGAAGUUGAAGUUGGAGAUGAAGAAGAAGUAUCCAAGAAACAAAGGAAAAAGAAAAAGCCAAAGAAGUUCACUAAACAACAAAAACAGAUGUCUUCACCCUGUGGUCAGAAGAAAGAAAAGGCAUUGGAGAAGUCAACUUCUAGAGAUGUGUCUCCUUUCACUGUGAGUAUGCAGAAGAAUAAGUGGGAUGCCACAAGAUCCUUGAGGUUCAGUCAAGAUGCACAAAGAGAAGAUGAUCAACGGCAGAUGUCUGAAAUUACCAGGUACCUAAUAAAGAUGAGAUUGGGUGACCUGGACCAAGUCAAGUCAAAAGAAGCAAAAGAAUUUGCAGGAGGCAUUCACUCCAGGUUUGAAGCACAAAUCAAGGCCUCAGUGCCAGUCACUGCACGGCAGAGCAGCUCAGAGAAAAGCACAAGGUCUAAAAGUCGUUUUGGUCAAGGUCGUCCUGUGUAAAUCACCUUAAAAUAUACCUAA